AUGCAUUUAAUUCAAGAUGAUUGGCGACUGGUCGUCUAUUACGACAUCAAUCCAUACUGGGAAGGCACUAAGGCGGCAAAUAAGUACAUACAAUAUCUACAAACCAUAUGCGCUACGAUAAAGGAUCAUUCACCUUGCGACGGUGUCAUGUAUCAAUUAAAUCACCAGUAUUCCGACCUACAACAAUACAAUAGCAAGUGGCUAGGUCAGCAAUUUGACGUAAACACGCGUCAGCGCCGGCGACGCCGGGGUCUUAUUAACGGUAUAGGUAAUAUAGCAAAUUCAUUGUUUGGAAUAUUGGAUAGUAAUUUUGCAAAUAAAUACGAACAAGACAUUGGUUUAAUUAGAGAGAAUGAAAAACAUCUGAUUAAGCUAUGGAAAAAUCAAACGUCGAUCAUUGAAGCGGAAUUUAACCUUAUCAAAAGGGCUGAAUUUAUCAUGAACAAGUAUCAUAAAACAAUUAACAAAAGAUUAUGGAGC